UAGUUAUUUGAUGAUUGGCAGAGUGGUGUAGAGCAUGCUCCAUUAAGGGAAAUACAUAAACUAAGUAAACCGGAAAAGGAAAGAAGAGGGGGGCAAAAAUCACGGGAAUCCAAACAUUAACAUCCUCGGAUCCUCUCCUCCAUUGACGGUGAACAACUCGGGCAAGUUAAUUUUUUAGAUGAUGUCAACUAGCAAUUCAAAAAGGGUUGUAGAGGAUGAAGAAGAAGAAGAGGAGUUUGAGCAUUUUGAUGAUUUUACUCUGGCCUCCUCUUGGGAAAGGUUCAUCUCUGAAAUAGAGGCUGUCUGUCGACAGUGGUUGGCUGAUGGUCCAAAGAAUCUGCUGGUAAAGGAUGCUGUUCAAAUAAAUCAUUUGAAGGAUUUGUACAAGGUCAAAUCUGAGUUCAAGUAUGCUAUUAAAAGUUAUUGCAUGGAGUACUAUUUUGGACCAACUAAUGAUGGUAAAGGCGCAGAUUGGGAUCAGACAUUGCAUGAUCUGCAGCUCUGUUUCGGAGUGAAGGAGUUUCUGGUCUCUGUGAUUGCUCCACAGAGUGCAAGUGGCGUAGUUCUUGACGCACCAGAGGCAAGCAAACUUUUGAGUGCAGUUGCCAUUGCUUUGUCCAACUGUUCAUGCCUGUGGCCUGCAUUUGUACCAGUUCAUGAUCCUUCUCGUAAAGCAUAUAUUGGUAUUCAAAAUAUGGGAACAGUUUUUACUAGGAGAUUUGAAGCUGACUGCAUUGGUAGCCAAGUCCCUAUAAAGCUUAUGCAUUUGGAAGGAUUAUACGAGCUGUUUGUUUCUAAGUUUGCCUAUACUGCGGUUGACUGGUCAAUGCAUCAUUUUGAAGUCCAUUUUAAGCUGAAGUUGACCUACAGAACCCCUACUUAUGAUGAUGAGGAUGAAUUGCAAGAACCCAAUAUUGACGAUAGAGGAUCUAGUGAAAAUAUUGAGACUGACACUCAUGGCAAAACACAAUGGGAUGAUGAUUGUCCCUGGAGCAAGUGGUAUUCUGCGGAGGAUCUGGUCAAAGGAUUUCAGUUGCUUGCUAUAUGGUCUGAGAUAACAGCUGAAAGUUCUCUGGAUAUGGCUGAAUUAGAGAAUGCCUCACCACUUGAAGCUGAUAAGUGGUUCUUGUAUCCAUGUCUUUCCGAAAAUCUCAGUGCAAUUUCUGAUGGAAGAACUAUUGGAUUUGCGUCCCAGUUGCACCUUUUAGUUAAGGCAUUGGAAAUGGCGUCAGAGGCUAAAUUUAUUGAAGAUUUUGUAUCAGUUGAAAAUUCAGGUUCCGAAAAUUUGAAAUCAUCAGCAGUUGUACCUCCACCAACUGUUCUUGACCGCGUGCUAAAAGAUCUCUUUCAUGAGGUUACAGAAACGCAACCAGGUUCCUCUCUGGGCGAGCAUAAAAAUUCUCGAUCUAUUAAAGGCGCUCCACUUGAAUCACUCUUUGCACAGUUCUGCUUACAUGCUCUCUGGUUUGGCAACUGUAGCAUACGGGCAAUUGCUGUACUCUGGAUAGAGUUUGUUCGCGAGGUUCGUUGGUGUUGGGAAGAAUCACAGCCAUUACCAAGAAUGCCAACCAAUGGCACAAUCGACCUAUCCACCUGUUUGAUAAAUCAGAAACUGCACAUGCUUGCUGUAUGCAUUGAUAAAAAGCGUCGAGAGGUUAAAGGGCAAAACUUUGGUACAAAUGAUCCUUUGACUUCUCCUGCACAGGAAGAUCUUCAGGGACCAAUGGAGUUUUCUGCUUCUCAUGGAGUUAGUGAAGGUUUUGGCAGGAAACAUGACAGGAAUGGUUCAUCUGGUGUAGCAGGGUCAAUGAUGCUCUUGAAAGCACACAAGAUUAUGCAUGCUCCAAUAACCCAGGAUCCACCUCUCAUGACAGAAGACAUGCAUGAAGAACGCUUAAGGGCUGCUGUAGCUUUGGGUGAUUCAUUUAGCUUCUCUGGUCAACUUGAAAGGGAUAUUCUGGCCUCUGACAUGUCUGCAUUUAAGGCAGCUAAUCCGGAAGCUGUCUUUGAAGAUUUUAUUCGAUGGCACUCACCAAAGGACUGGGAAAAUGAUGAUAGCGAGCAGACUGGAGUGUCUCAAAUUAAUGCCACGGAAGUGUCAGAAAUCAAGUGGCCUCCUUCUGGAAGACUUUCAGAGAGAAUGUCUGAUUAUGGGAACUCAUGGAGAAAGAUCUGGAAUGAAGCUUUGCCUUUGCCUGCUUCUCAACAGAAACCACUCCUGGAUCCAAAUAGAGAAGGAGAAAAGGUUCUUCACUACUUGGAGACACUUAAACCAUAUCAACUGCUGGAGCAAAUGGUUUGUACUGCCUUCAGAGCAGCAGCUGACACUCUUUAUCAGACUUCAUUUGGCAAUUUGAAACAGAUGACUACAAAAAUUGGACAAUUAUAUGUUACUAUGGCAUCUACGCUAAAAUACUUGCAGUCACAUAGUACGAUCAGUGAUAGUGAUGUUAUUGAAGACCUCAGACGACUAUGCACUACUUUUGGACACAUUGAGAAGUUAAUUCUACUUGCAGCAUCUCUUCACCGCAAAUUCUUGCAAUCACCACACCUUGCAGAAGCAAUUUUCAGUGAUUGCUACGACUACUAUCUCCCAAAUAUGGGAACAGGCUCUGCAAAAGGUGAUACCAAGAAGGAAUUUGACAAAAGGCAACAAGUAAGCUUGCGUGACAGAAACUUAAUCAUCGGCAUGUUCCCUCCACCAACGGCGAACCAGUCAUGGAGGAAAGUGUUGAGCAUGGGAAAUCUCCUCAACGGCCAUGAACCGAUCUUCAGGGAGAUAAUAUUCUCUAAACGUGAUCAUGUGAGUGGAAGCUAUUACUCUGCCCCUACUCCUAAUCUUUUUCAACAAGACAUAGAAACAUACAGAAUGUAUGUAUGUGGAACGUCGAAUGACCUUAGGGUAGCACUUGCUGUUACCUCAUUUGAUUAAGUCUCAUCGUCCUCUAUUUACUUUUUCCUCUCCUCAAAUCGGCAGAAUUUGUAUAUUUCUAUGCACUCAUAAUGUUAGAAAUUUGAUCUCUUAGACUGAUUGAUACCAGAGGCCAAACUUGAAGGGCUCAUGAGCUGAUAUAAAAGAAGCUGACAUGAAGGAUCACAGUUUAAAUAGCCGUACAACUGUGAAGAGUGCCUAAAUAUGUUUUUAUCAUAUGCAAUGAGUGCAUUUGUUAUUAUUUACUAUAAAGGGUAAUACAGUACAGAGCAUUUGAAGCAA